CGGUAAUUAUGAAUUCGAAGAAAGCAGUAGCAUAAAUGGUACCCUUCUCUGGUAAAAGAAGGGUAUACGGGAAUGAAGUUGAUUAGAGUAGAAGAAAAAGGAAAAACAAGAAUCAGAGAACUUGUGGUGUGGAAGCUAAGACAGAAUGGCAAAACAUCAUCCUGAUUUAAUAAUGUGCCGGAAGCAACCAGGGAUUGCAAUUGGACGGCUAUGUGAGAAGUGUGAUGGUAAAUGUGUAAUAUGCGAUUCUUAUGUGCGUCCAUGCACGCUUGUGCGGGUCUGCGAUGAAUGCAACUAUGGAUCCUUCCAAGGUCGGUGUGUUAUAUGUGGAGGGGUGGGUAUAUCUGAUGCUUAUUACUGCAAAGAGUGUACUCAACAGGAGAAAGACCGAGAUGGAUGUCCGAAAAUUGUCAAUUUGGGAAGUGCAAAAACAGAUCUAUUCUAUGAAAGGAAGAAGUAUGGCUUCAAGAAGAGAUGACAAUCAUGGGUGGUCAUAUCUCUGCUUGGUAGCAAAUUGCUUGCAGUGAGUGUAAGUUCGUUUCUAAUGUUAGUCAUCUCCUUUGAGAUUCAAUUUGCUGCAGUAUUUUAGUUAUACAAUGCGGUUUCCUCGAGUUCCCAAUCGGGAAUGUUUUUGGUACCUUCUUGUUACAAUGUAUUCUAGUUUUACAAUUCAUUGUACUUUUAGAUGUUCAAGUCUGUUGGAGGGCAUUUGUCUUGUUUUUUAUGAUUUUUUAUUUUGGGCAACAUUAUCCAUCUUCCAUCAUCCAUGAAUCAAAUGUACUCAUCUGGCUUGAACGUGA